AUGCCUGUUGGCAGAGCGGGAGAAAUUCAAGAUCUUUACGAGGAUACAUUACUGGAUGAGAGAAAAUCUAUCACACAAAAAACAGUUGAAACCAGGAGGCUUGUAGACCUUUGGGAAAAAGAUCCGCCACUUGGUCGUCCAAAAGAUGCGCCAUUGGCCGCGGCGGACUCGGGUUUUCGCUAUGUAGAACAACCCCAUCAGGCAUCGUCGUAUAUGAACGGUUACGAUCCAUCGCUUUCGUCGUAUUCAUACCGCAGUGAACAAAGACGAGAAUAUGUAAGUGUCUUUCAAGAUUAUAUUAUUUUUUUGCAUAGACCUGCUGCGGCCAGAGCACACUAUAAUCAUUUUGGUUCUACGCUCAUUCUAAGAGGUCAGAAACAAGUUACUGUUGUAACGGGUGUCUGGUCCGUGUAA